UGCACCUGUUGUAGUCACGUGAUCAAAAUCCCGAUCACAUGAUCUUCAAAAUGUCGGACAAAGUUUCAAAUGAUAUGAAUGAAAAAAUGUCGCAAAAUGACAAUGACAGCCUACCAUAUGCUUUCAUAGACAGUACAAUUAAAGACAAUCCGAUGCUCGGAUUUCCUGACGACUUCAUUGAGCUGAUGAGUGGAUAUUUUCGCAUGGUAACUUGGAAUGAUGUUCAGAGAGAAAAAUCAAUUUCUGAAAAGGUUGUUGCUGGAUUCGUCAGGCCUCCAACACACAAAUCUCUUCAAGACAACCUGCAUAUAUUUAAAAAUUUAAAAGUUAUUGCAAACUUUGGUGUAGGUGUGGAUCAUAUAAAGAUACCACUAUACACAGAGAAGGGUAUAAAGGUUGCAAACACACCUGAUGUACUUGCACCAUGUGUUGCGGAUAUGGGAUUGAUGCUUAUUCUUGCGACUGCACGAAAUCUCAAAACUGCUAUGGCAGAAGCCUGUGCCCCCUCCCUCCCUAACAAUAGCUUUAACGGAAAUGCCCUAGGUGUAGAUGUAUGUGAGGCUACCUUGGGAAUUAUUGGAAUGGGAAGUAUAGGAUAUAAAAUUGCCCAACGUGCUAAAGGAUUUGAUAUGAAGAUAUUGUACUACAACAGAAGUAGAAGACCUGAAGAAAUAGAAAACUCAGUUGGUGCUACAUUUGUUCCUAAACUACAUGACUUGCUCCCUCAGUGUGACUUUGUGGUUGUGAUAUGUCCCCUAAGUGCAGAGACAAAAGGGCUGAUAGGAGCAGAAGAGUUCAACCUGAUGAAACCCACUGCUACCAUUGUGAACAUUGCUAGGGGGGGUGUGAUUGAUACAGAAGCUUUAGUAGCAGCAUUAAAAGAAAAAAAGAUACGUGGAGCAGGGCUUGAUGUAACUGAUCCCGAACCUCUCCCCAGGGGCCAUGUAUUAUUUGAUUUCCCAAAUGUAAUUGUGACACCCCAUCAUGCAUCAGCGACUGUCCAAACAAGAAUGAAAAUGGCGAGGCUGAUGUUGGCAAAUGUACUGGCAUGUUUAGAAGGGAGGCCGAUGCCAACCCCUGUCAAUUAA